AGAGGCAGCCGCGCUGGUGACAACUUCUCCUGGGCGCGCGCGGCGGGGCGGGUGGGAGGGCGGGGAGCGAGCGCCGAGCGCGGCCGGAGCCGGGCGCCUGAGGGAGCCGCGGGAGCCUCAGGGAGCCGCGGCCCGCGCCCUGCGCCGCCGCCGCCGCCUGCUCGCUUCCUCCGGGUUCUCAGCCCCGGGUGCUGAGGCUCCGGUCUAUAAAUAGCAGGUUACAGCUCCUGCUCCGCGCGCACACGCUCACAAGCGAACGCAGGAAAGUCAGGCUAAAAGUGUCUGCUGCUGCUGCCGCCCCCCACUCCGCCUCCAGGAGAGAACCCAAAGAAAUGGUGUUACCUGGCAAGAGAUCUGCUGUUUUUUAUGAAGAUUCAGAUCAAGGCUGCUGAGCUUUAACUGACGUGGGUCCCUCCCUCUUGAAGCUUGCUGUCUGUGCCAUCUCGCCUCCAGUGAUAAAGUUGUUAUCCCCUUCUCGCUCCAGGACAAAGGGAAGAAGGCACCUUCACAAAAAGAAUUUAUGUUCAGUUUUCAGAAUUUCAGAGUGGACUAUAGGCCUUUAAUGUGAAAAAACAUCUGUAUUAAACCAGGAAUCAUUGUCAGUAACAUUUGGACACAGAAAUUUGGAGGAUUAAAUAAGUGUGAAAGUUGAUCAUGGAAAUCAAAGAGGAAGGAGCAUCAGAAGAAGGCCAGCACUUUCUUCCCACACCCCACGCAAAUGAUACUGGGGACUUCCAGUUCACAAGUAUUCAGAAGAUGCCAAAUGAACCACAGUUGGAGUUCAUCCUUGCAUGCAAGGAUCUGGUGGCUCCCGUUCGUGAUCGGAAGCUGAACACACUGGUGCAGAUCUCAGUCAUCCACCCCGCGGAGCAGGGUCUGACAAGAUACUCGAGCACGGAAAUUGUGGAGGGAACAAGAGACCCACUGUUUUUGACGGGUGUCACAUUCCCAUCUGAGUAUCCCAUCUAUGAGGAGACCAAAAUAAAGCUAACAGUCUAUGAUGUCAAGGAUAAGUCUCAUGACACUGUUCGAACCAGUGUCCUACCUGAACACAAGGAUCCCCUGCCAGAGGUUGGGCGAAGCUUCCUGGGCUAUGCCAGUUUUGAAGUGGGGGAGCUUCUGAAGUCAAAGGAGCAGCUGCUAGCCCUGAACCUGAGAACUUCAGAUGGUGGCAAAGUUGUUGGCACCAUAGAAGUCAGUGUCGUGAAGAUGGGGGAGAUUGAGGAUGGGGAAGCCGACCACAUCACCACAGAUGUGCAGGGACAAAAGUGUACACUGGUAUGUGAAUGUACAGCCCCAGAAAGUGUGAAUGGAAAAGAUAACUUACCUUUUUUGAAUGCAGUGCUAAAGAACCCGGUGUGUAAAUUAUAUAGAUUUCCCACAUCUGACAAUAAGUGGAUGAGAAUCCGGGAGCAGAUGUCAGAGAGCAUACUUUCUUUUCAUAUUCCUAAGGAAUUGAUUUCUCUUCACAUCAAAGAAGAUUUGUGUAGAAACCAGGAGUUAAAAGAACUUGGUGAGCUUUCUCCACACUGGGACAAUCUACGGAAAAAUGUCCUUACUCACUGUGAUCAAAUGGUGAAUAUGUACCAAGAUAUUCUGACAGAACUUAGCAAGGAAACAGGGUCCUCUUUCAAAUCAAGCAGCAGCAAAGGAGAGAAAACAUUAGAAUUUGUUCCAAUAAAUCUACAUCUACAAAGAAUGCAUGUACACAGCCCUCACUUGAAAGAUGCUCUCUACGAUGUCAUCACUGUGGGAGCCCCAGCUGCCCAUUUUCAGGGAUUUAAGAAUGGUGGUCUUCGGAAACUACUCCAUCGAUUUGAAAUGGAAAGAAGAAAUACUGGAUACCAGUUUAUUUACUAUUCGCCUGAAAACACAGCCAAAGCAAAAGAAGUUCUCAGCAACAUCAAUCAGCUCCAACCUCUGAUAGCAACCCAUGCAGACCUACUGCUUAAUUCUGCAAGCCAGCAUUCUCCAGACAGCUUGAAGAAUUCUUUAAAGAUGCUUUCAGAAAAAACAGAGCUUUUUGUACAUGCCUUCAAGGAUCAGCUGGUCCGAAGUGCUCUUUUGGCCCUCUACACUGCCAGACCAGGAGGUGUCCUUAAGAAACCACCGUCUCCUAAGAACAGCACAGAGGAGAGCUGUCCCCAGGACCCACCCCCGCCGAUGAGAAGGCAGGACUCCAUACCACAUCAUUCAGACUAUGAUGAGGAGGAGUGGGAUAGGGUGUGGGCCAACGUGGGGAAGAGCCUGAACUGCAUUAUUGCCAUGGUUGAUAGACUGAUUGAAAGAGAUGGCGGCAAUGAAGGCGGUGGUGGUGGCAGCAAAGAUGGAGAAAAGGACCCUUCUCUAGUGGACCCCAUCAUAACUCAUCCAAGGGAGGACUGGUAUGAACAGCUGUAUCCCCUCAUCCGUACCCUGAAGGACUGCAUGGGAGAAGUGGUGAGCCGAGCCAAGCAGUCCCUAACCUUCGUGCUCCUUCAGGAACUUGCGCACAGCUUGCCCCAGUGCUUGAUGCUGACGCUCAGAAGGGACACAUCGUCUUCAGCCAAGUCACUUGCUGGAUUGGUUUGUGGUUUUAUCAUUAAAUUACACACAAGUUUGCAUGACCCUGGGUUCCUACAGCAGCUUCACACAGUGGGAUUGAUAGUGCAGUAUGAAGGACUGCUAAGUACAUAUAGUGAUGAAAUCGGAAUGCUAGAGGACAUGGCUGUUGGCAUUUCAGAUUUGAAGAAAGUCGCAUUUAAAAUAAUUGAAGCCAAAUCCAAUGAUGUCUUGCCAGUUAUAACAGGAAGGCGUGAGCAUUAUGUGGUGGAGGUGAAGCUUCCCGCGCGGAUGUUUGAGGCACUGCCUUUGCAGAUUAAAGAGGGACAAUUGCUCCAUGUGUAUCCAGUACUUUUUAAUAUUGGAAUCAACGAACAACAAACUCUGGCAGAGAGGUUUGGAGAUGUCUCUUUGCAGGAAAGUAUUAAUCAAGAAAAUUUUGAACUUCUAAAAGAGUAUUACACAGCAUUUAUGGAAAAGAUGCCACCUGAUUACAUUUCACAUUUUCAAGAACAAAAUGAUUUAAAAGGAUUACUAGAAAAUCUCCAUCAAAAUAUCCAAGCCAAAAAAAGAAAGAAUGUAGAAAUCAUGUGGCUGGCUGCAACGAUUUGUCGCAAACUAAAUGGUAUUCGUUUCACCUGUUGCAAAAGUGCCAAGGACAGGACGUCCAUGUCGGUGACCCUUGAACAGUGCUCCAUCUUGAGAGAUGAGCACCAGCUGCACAAGGACUUCUUUAUCCGAGCCCUGGAUUGUAUGAGAAGAGAAGGAUGCCGCAUAGAGAAUGUACUGAAGAAUGUCAAAUGCAGGAAGUAUGCUUUCAACAUGCUACAGCUGAUGGCUUUCCCCAAAUACUACCGACCUCCAGAGGGGACUUAUGGAAAAGCUGACACCUAACUUUACCAACAUGCAAAUAAACAGGAACACAAACACGCUUCAGUCGGAUAAUCUCCACCCUUUUAACUUUUUUACUGUCACGAAUUUGUGGAGGGAGGUGAUCAGGGAUGUUUGCCCAGAUCUAGGCAUUAUUUGAAUUAGGUGUUAGCAUAUUACUCUGAAAGAAAUCCAUUUACAAAAUCUCAAGUAACAUUGUGAUUCUAGUUCUUGGUCUCAAUGCAUCGCCCCUCGCUGGCUGAGAUCAGCUCAGGACGGGGACAUUUCAUUCAUGGAGUCCCUCAGCCAGAGGCAUUCUGAGGAGAUGUAGGCUGCCACAGAGGUAGGACAGGUGACUCAAAGAGGGACUCUUGACCUCCAAAGCGAAGACAGGAGAGGGGGAAAGGGGAGGGAGACUCAGACAUGUUAUUCCACAGCUGUUCUUACGUGUAAACUUAGAGCCCAUAUUUGUGGGACUUGGAAAAUAUUUUUCCAGGGAAUUAAAAUUCGGUAACGUCAACGCAUGAACUUGACGGCAGAAGCGGGUUGCUGGUGUGCUUGUAAAGACUUGGGGCCUCUGGGCAAGAUGAGACCAGUCCUCCCGCACAGGUAGAUGACAGUGUUAGCAACAUGGUGAGAGACUUUUCCACAACAUGCUAUCUUUUCAAAACUCUGAUGAGAGUCAUGUGACCCCAUUACAGAAGUGGUGAUAGAAAAAGUUGAAUGUUUAGUAGAAAAAACAUGACGAGGAACAGCUACUGCAAGGAAAUGAAAGAUGAUCAGCCUGCUGAUGUCAAAUGUGAAAAUCCCCAUCAGCCUGAACUUUAUGUAGCCAAGUUCAUAAGAGUCAAUAAACUAUCUUUGUGAUGUUUCCCAGUAGUCCUCUUGUUACAGAAUAUAGAUGGUGGAAGUGUGCGUGUCUGGCAUAGAUGACUAUAUGUGAAUAAACAUUUUAAGACCUAUGCAGCCAUAACUAAUGAUAAACUCAAACAAUUAUUUCUGGUAACCUGAAUUUGGAAUUUAUUCUCCGGAAAAUUGCACCAUAGGUUUUCCAAAAUUCCAAAUUAGAAAUUGCUUUGGAGAUCAUCUUGUAUAAGGCCCAUGUAACUGGGUAAAUUAAAGCACCAGGAAGAUAUGCACCCCAGUCAUCCAGCUAGAUAAUUUUAGAACCAUGAUUACAAUCUCUUCUUACCUUCCUGGCCUGUGGAUUGUCUAUUCUCCAAAUUGCCAUGCUAAAAAUAUACAUGAAAAUUGUGGGAGAAUGCUAGUUAGUUAAAUAGAAUUUGGCAUUUAUUGCCAGAAUUGAGCCUUGGAGUAUAAUGGUCUGAAUAAAUGAAACCCGUUUUCUCCAGAUGUUAAGAGUUUAUUCUUUUUCCUCACUCAUUGGAAGAGUAUGCUAUCCAGAGCAUAAAUCUCCCCUUGGAAAUGCUGGAGGGCUGUUACAUAGACUUCUCCUGGCUGUGCCCACAUUCAGUGGGUGAUAUUAUGGUUUUUUUUCAUAGCUAGUGUGACAGCUUCUUGGCUAAGAUGUCUGUUGAACUAAGGACUCCAAACAGAUCUCUAGGUUCAUGUUGGGUUUUUCAGAUUACUACAAAUUUUUGAUAACUAUUUGGUGCCUUUCAUACUAGAAUUUUCAAACCAUUAUUUUAGCUAGUGACUUGUGGGCAUUGUAUUUGAGAUCAUCUACAAACAGUUUCCAGAUUUUUCAAUAAAAAGAUGCAGUGUACUAUGGAUCUAUUUACAGACCAAGUUUCUUGGUGUUCUCCCUUAUGCUUCAUUCUCCACUUCAGUGAUUAAAUGUAAUUUUUGAAUUGGUCAAUUUUAUUUGAAAAUGAUAGGAUUUGGGUUAUUUCCAUGAUCCCAUUGGAUUUAAAUAAAGAGGUUGGGGUGACAGAGGUUUCCUUGAGUAACAAUGAAGCCACGUUCAGUAUAUCAAAGAGUGGUCUGUGUUCCAAGAGACCUUAAAUGAAAAUGUAUCAUCUUAUAAAUAUUCUUAUAAAGUCAUUUUUGUUUGUAUUUUUAAAAAUGAGAACUCUUGACUCAGAUACAGAAAAAAAUAUUUAUUAAAUAAAAAAUCAAUAAGUAGGGUCUUCUAUUUGGGGAAGAUAUCCCAAAGAUAUAUUUUCUUUCUUUUUUAGUAAGUUCUGGAGAUUACUGCAAUACAAAUCCAUAGAAGUUAUCUUUAAUUAUUAGCAGAGUCAUCUGCCUUUCCCUUUAUAAAGCCUGUGUCUGUGCAUACUGUUAAAAGUGGAUUUAACCAAGAAAAUUCAUGUUUCAUACCAACAGCAAUACUGCUCCCUUCCUGAGAGCUAUUCCAAGUACUAUUGGAAAUCCACCUCACUAUUUCUUAACUUUUUGCAGUUUCCUAGAUCAAAGACCAAAUGUUAGAAAGUUUUAAGAUCUCCUUUGUAAAAACACAGCCUAGUCAUGCUUUCCUCUCUCUCUUUUUAUUUAAAAUAUACACGAGCAGACCUAUUUCAAGAGAUCAGAUUGAGCCAGAAACUGAACCAAGAAAAUGACAUUUCCAAACAAGAUAAAAAAAUUUUUUGGCUAAAAAUAUGUUUCCCUCUAAUGCGUUAUCAAAUGCAGAUAUCAAUUCUGUAGAGCUGUUUGCAGAGUUCUACAGAAAACAUAUUUAAAAACAAGGGAAGGCGAAAUCUUGAUUAUGUUUGACCCAGUGACAAAAGACCCAGAGCCUGAAAAUGUUCCACGAAACAGCUCAACAUUAAAGUUUCAAAUAUUUGAUUGAAGCAGACCCACAUUUGGAUGCAUUCGUUAAUUUCCCAUGUGGUUGUUUGGUUUUUCUUUUUUUUCUUUGUAAAUACCGUCUUGGAUCUUGUCUGUAUCCUGCCAAAACAAUCCUUUGGUGUUUAGUCAGUCCAGUAAUCCCAUGAGUCAGAGCCACAGUUUGAUCCUGCUGACAAAUUGUGCUAAAAUGACCAACUAAUUAGAGCAGUAUAGCAUGUGACUAACCUCCAGUUCUUACUUUAUAAGACAGAUCCCUGUUUUUGUUCUGAAAAUCUGUGAAGUCUUAAAAGCCAGCAUCUGGGUGGAAGAUACUUUCCUUUUUCCCCCUUUUUCCCCCUCCAUCCACUACGUAUGGUAUUUUGCAUGAAAUAAGACUCUGAGUGGAAAAGGAAAAGAUCUGUAUGGAGUAAUGCUUUUCUUCCCAACAAAUCAAGCCCCUCCUUGUGUAAAGUAUGAUGCAUGAACCAAGGAGAAAGGAUACCAGUGGUGCACUAGAACUGAAUCAUGCAGACUCGUGAGAGUUAAAUUUAACUCUCAUUAAAUUUUCAGGAAAUUUGUGAGCCGGUUGUUAAACACACCAUCAUGAAUUAUUAAAUUAUCAAAAGCAAUUAAAUACAUUUUAUUAAAAACAAGGAUCAUGAUCAAAACUUACUACUUCCUAAUUGUUUUCCUUCAUUUUACUCUUUACCUGUGCUUCUGAGGUUAUUUAUGUCCAUUAUCUCUGCACAGUGGAAACACUAUAUCAUCAUGGGCUACUCUGCAUCUCUUCCUGACUCCACACCCAGAAACAUCAGGUGGGUAGCUUGAAAUUGACCACAGUGGGAGUAUUUACAUCCAAAAAUGACCCAGUGUUGCAAACUGGGACCUUUAAUUCCUGGAAAACCAGUUGUUAAACAUUUACCAGCAUACAACUGAAUUCCACCUUUUUUCUCCAGCAAACAACAAAUAAUUGAAAACAUUAUGAAAGUAUUAAUAUAGCAUUAAGUGCAAUCAGGCAUCUUCAGAUGGCUACAAUUUUGUUUUGGUUGUUCCCCUUUUUAAAAACACCUAUUACACUAUAAGUAAUAUUUGAUGUUUAUAUGUUCUUCAUAAUUAAAUUAUAUACUCAUACAGAUGCAUUUAAAAAUGUAUCUCUCUUGAUGUUCUGCAAGGGAAAUCUUAGCAAUGCAGCCUUAGCAUAAGCAAUAACAACCAUGGGCUAAAUUCAGAGAAAUGUUAGCCUAAUUAGAAUAUCACCGAAAAUGUGCUUUAGUAUAAGUUUUUAAGCUUAUAAUUUUAGCAUUUUCUAAAAGCAGAAAAAAUGCUACCAUAUCACUGUGUCCAGAUUCUAAUAAGUAUAGUUCGGUUUAAAUCCACACUGUUAGAUUAGGCAAAUUAAACUCUGGCCGUAUGCUAGAACAUUACAGAUGUUUUGGAUGUUUGAUUUCCAAGCAGGAUGGCAUAUCAGUUGUCUAAUUCAAUAUGCAGGGCACCUUUUGUAAUCUUUAGGAAAUAAAUUAAUGUUUAUCACAGAUUUAAGAAACUGGCCCGAGAAAAACCAUGAUCAGCAGUUAGGGAGGGAAGCGAGCCUGUUGAACAUCCCUAAUAGCUGGAGGCUUUACAAAUAAUGCACCACUGAAGAGAAUGAUUUGCUGAGCGUUGUGUGGUUGAUUGACAAUUUUAGUGUGAAUUGACAUUCAUUUAGCUCAGCUGCAGUCGGCAGAAGCUAUGCUUUUUUCCCCCAUAUUUAUAUUUUAUUGCUUUACAAAGAAAGUCCCAAUAUAUUACAUCCUUUGUUUCUUUGGCAGUUCUAAGUUAGAACUUUCUACCCACACAGAUGCUACCUAUAACAAAACUAUCUUUAAGAAGAGGAAAAUAAAAUCAGUGUUUAGAUAAAAUAUUGUGAGCCAAUUAGGUAUCAAGCUAAGGUAUGGAAAUUUGGAUUUUUACUUUCUGAGUCAUGGUGCACAUUAAUCAGUCUUCAAAUCUUAUUUCUAAGCACAUAAGAGAGUCUAAAGUAUUUCUGAUGUCAAAGAAACAAAGCCUCUCUGGCUACUAGUACAAAGGAAGUAAGAAAAAGAAUUAUAAGGUAAUAUCAGCCAAAAAAUAAAUUGUACAUGCAAUUAGCUGUCCUCAGCUUGAAUAUCAUAGAUUAUGUGAACAUUUAGAAUUAUAAAUCAGAAAAAGAAAAAAAGGCUCACAAUGAAGUAUAGUCCCCGGAGAGUGAAUAUCAAGAAAGAGAAGGCCUAAUGCAAACAAUGGUUCCUGAUAAGCCAGACCUUGUUUAUCUUUUAGUAAACUGAGUUCCUUAAGAUGAUGUUGCACUUUCCUACUCAUAGCAUGAAUAUAUUCACAGGCUUCCUAAAAUCACUGAAAUGACUCUAUAGUCACAAAAGAGCAUACAUAAUCCAGCAGUCCAACUCUAAUGAUCACUUGGUACGAUUUCAUUGUCUAGCAGGCAAUAUUGACGCACGUAUUAGCAAGAUUGCUUUCCCAUUAAUAUAGGUCCUAUGAUGUUUUUAUAUCACUGUCAAUAUUAAAACAAUAUUUGAUGUCAAAGGACUUUUCAGACUUUUCAAGGCAGGCUCCACAGAUGUGUAAGUGGAGAGACACUCCCGUUUCCUUGCACAAAUGUGUUCUUUGUACACAUAUACUUCUCAUGUGAAUAUUUUAUUAUACUGUUUAACCUAACAUCUAAUUUUCAGACUCUUGUGGUACUUAUCUGAAAUGGUGGCAUUUGUUUUCUUUUUAUGUUAAGUAUAUAUUCUAGAUGAGCCAAUAAUGUGUAUUCCUAGGAAAUGGGGCAGAGAUAGGUUAGAUCAUGUUAUACUGGCAUUUGAAGAAAAAUCAUUUUAUUUUGUUGUUCCAUGUAGACCAUAUUCAUUGUACACUGUGUGUAUAUUUUUGUUUAAAUAAAUGUGAUUUUUAUUUU